ACAGUCUCUCACUCUCUCUCUUUCUCUUUCUCUCUGCUCCUUCAAGACAGAAGCUAACAUCCACAGUGCGUUAAGCAUAAGCUGAUUCAUCAUCGUAAAACCAUUGAACAAUCGAAACCCAUUAGUUUAUGUUUUUUCCCUUAAAAACCCUUUUCAUCAUUCGACCCAAAGAUUCAACCCCAUUGGUGGAUCCUCACAUGAAGAAGAAUUUCUUCCAGGGUGCAGUGUUCUUUAUGCUUCUCACCACCAAGCUGUCUGGUCUGGGUUUUCUUGGCAGUGCAUAGACAGGUUCUUCAUCCAGGUACUCCGCCAUUGGGUUCAUUAAGAUGAAUUGUUUCAUGUUCUAAGCAUAAAGCAUUGGCAGGAGGGGGCCUAAGCUAAUUAAGCGCCGAAAAGAACAAUGGAUGGACAUCUUCCUCUUCCAGGAGCAAGCACUAGUCCAUAUUCAGUUCUAGGGAACUACAGGGUUAUCAAGAAUCUCGGCCAUGGCGCAUUCGGUGAGGUAAAACUUGCACAGCAUUUGCCCACAGGGUGCAAAGUUGCUAUCAAGAUUCUUAAUCGCCGCAAGAUCAGGGAAAAUGGCAUGGAUCAGAAAGUGGAGCGGGAAAUCAAGAUCUCCAAAAUGCUUGUUCAUCCUCACAUAAUUCGGCUUUAUGAGGUGAUCGAAACAGCAACUGAUAUCUACAUGGUCAUGGAAUUUGCUGAACGUGGUGACCUGUGCGAUUAUAUCAUGAUGAACCAAAGGGCUCAAGAAGAAGAAGCAAGAAAGUUUUUUCAGCAGAUUAUUUCGGGUGUGGAGUACUGCCACAAGUACAAGGUCGUUCAUCGGGACCUUAAGGCCGAUAAUCUGCUGUUAGAUUCUAAUGGCAACUUGAAAAUUGCUGAUUUCGGGCUAAGCAAUAUUAUGUUGGAUGGCCAUUUUUUGAAGACGAGUUGCGGAAGCCCGAACUAUGCUGCACCCGAGGUUAUUUCAGGUAAACUUUAUGCUGGUCCGGAGAUUGAUGUUUGGAGUUGCGGCGUCAUUCUGUACGCUCUUCUUGCCGGGACCCUUCCUUUUGAUGAUGGAAGCUUUCCCGAUCUCUAUAGGAAAAUUAAGGGUGGAAUGUAUACUCUCCCAAGCCAUUUGCCAUCUGGAGCAAAGGAAUUGAUUGCAAGGAUGCUCGUCGUGGACCCCAUUAAGCGGAUAACGAUUCCCGAAAUUCGUCAAUCUCAUUGGUUCCGAGCCAAUCUUCCUUGCUAUUUGGCCGCUCCUUUAUCAGAUGUUAUUAAUCAAAUGAGAAAGAUCAAUGAGGAGAUACUUGAGCGGGUGAUUAUGAUGGGUUUUGGCAAAAGCUUCUUGGUCCAAUCCCUUGAGGAGAAGAUUCACAAUGAAGGCACAAUGUCGUAUUACUUGCUGUUAGACAAUUAUAAUCGUGCAAACAGCUAUUACAGCAUCGAACUGGAAAUGUACCAGGAGAACUACUCUGCUGCUAUGCAAAUCGGUGAAUCUUCACAAUCAGCUGCUAGGAACUCCCUCACGGGAAUUCUGAAUCAUCAGCAGGGUAUCAGUUUGAGGCCUCAGCCUCAAUCACAAAGUUCGGAAAGAUGGGGUCUCGGGUUACAGUUUGGAUCGCAUCCCCUUCAGAUCAUGGCGGCUGUGCUUGGUGCCUUGCAAAAGCUGAACGUUGGCUGGAAAAAGAUUGGACAGUAUAACAUGAAGUGCCGGUGGUCACCAACUUUCAAUGGCCAUACUAGUCAAAUACAAAGCACCAGUAUCGAUACUGCGCUAAGAGACCCCUCCCAAAUUGAUAUAGACUUAAAUGCUGAUAUAUUGGCAGCAGUUGUGGGACAGAACACUGUGAAAUUCGAACUUCAGGAUUUCUCAUUUGUUGACGACAUAUUUUCGAAGGCGAAACUAAUUAAUCAAGACAAAUGCCGCAAAACAACUUGCAGUCGGAAUGAAACUUCAGGAUCAAGAAUAAGGAAACCUUCACAGCCGGAGAUAGAUCUUCCACAACCAGCUGACCCCGAUCACAGCCUUCUCAUCGAAGUUCCAUGUCGCCUCCUGUAGUUCCUUGAAUGCGAAGAAAUGUCCAAAGCCUCCGCUCGCAAAUAUGCGGGAAGGCUUGACCUGUAACUGCUUCGAUUUGAUGAUUGGCUUGCCCAGCUGGCAUAAAGAGGUAGCCACAAGGCGAAGCUCUUUCUGUAGUUCCAGCACGAGUCCUGCUUCUUCCGGAUCCAAACAAGAGCCAUGGCCAGGAACAGGAAGCGACCGUCAAAAUCAUUGCCAUAACAAGUAAAACAGUCCCAAAAAUCUUCAUCUUCACGGUUCCGGGACCUGUCCCUAAGCUCUAGUUAAUACUCGAGGACGGACCAACUUGAACCACAAUCUAACUGUUCAUUAUAGCUGAAGAAUCCACCACAAAGUCUGGGUAAUAAGCCGUUGCAAGGUUCCAGGUGCGGGAUGAGAGGUCGAGGCCCCGAGACUCCUAUCAUAUUCCGUUAAUAUAUGCAUUGAAGUAGAGGUCGCUGAGGCUCCUGCUCACUAUGUCCCAGAAAUGCAACCUUAUCAAGUACGAGAAACCCGAAUCGACAUUCAUCUCCAACGUGAGGUUGAACUCCUGCUGGUUCACUUGUGAAUUGGUCACCAUCGUGAUCACUGAGGCAUAGACACUCUUGGGGGCGAUAUCCCCGGGAGGGAACUAGAGGUUUCGAACUCCUGGCAAAGUCAUGAAUGCGUUAUCAGGUUGCCAUUGCCUAAAGAGUGUUAUUCGAGGGACCGAUAGUGGUGCCACCCAAUAUUUAGCCGGUACACGGUUCACCACUUCGAAUUCUUACCGGGACAAUCCCGAGAAAUCACCUAGUAGGCGAAUGGAAGAUGCCCUGUCGGAGAUGAGAGAUUCGGACACAGAAACGAUCUCGAUUGCAUUCACAAAUUCUUGGGUAGACGUGAACUGUUUUAUUAAACGGAGGAGAAAAGAAAAUGAUGUUAAAUGAGUUUUUUGGUUUAUUUAUUUUUCUUUUUG